AUGUUUUUUGUCGUGAUCAACCAAUUCUUUGGGAACGCAACGCCCGAGUUUGCCGCCGUCCCGAACGAGCUCCCGAUCAUGAUUCGCGAGUACAAUGGCGGGCUGUACCAGGCGUGGGUUUGGUACGUGGCCAAGAACGUGAGCGAGUUGGUGUUUCAGCUCUUCUUUCCCAUGCUGUUCCUGAUCCCGGUCUACUUUAUGGUGGGCUUUGGCGGCGACGCCGGCGUGUUCUUUACGUUCUACCUCUUCUUUGUGCUCGUGGCAAGCGCCGCCGUCGGCCUCGGGUACAUGGUUGGGUGCAUUGCGCGCCACCCGCAAAUCGCCCAGAUCUUGGGCAUCGUCAUCAUCCUGCCGCUCCUCAUCUUUGGCGGUCUCUUCCUCAAUGCGGACAACACCCCCGUGUACUUUUCGUGGCUCGAGUACAUCUCGCCCCUCAAGUACGGGUACCGCGGGAUCAGCCGGGCGUUCUGGAACUCGGUCGAGUUCAUCCCGUGCGACGCGUCCCGGCCGUGCCAAGCCACGUCCGGUGCGCAAGUGCUGGCCAACAUGGCGCUCAACAAGGACUCGAUCGCCGUGGAUGUUGUGUCGCUCGUCGCGAUCAACGUCAUGUUUCGCACGAUCGGCGUCGUCUGGCUCUGGGUCAACAUUCGCCAAAAGCACUAA